GCCAGGAGGGCGCCAUCCCACGGGAGGACAGGAGGCCAAGCACUUCGAUGCCAAGGUCUUGAAUCCGGCCGCCCACAGGAAAUCCAACGGUUAUCAGGAUAAUAGGGAAAUUUCAGACGGGGAAAGAGUAAAGAUAUAUCAGUGAAGACGGUGGUUGGUUUUUGGGCAGGGAAGCAAACGGGUGAGAAGAGUGGGUGGGAGAGAACCACGGUGAGAGAAGGAGAGAGGCCUCGCCGUUUCUUUGCUCCAAAUCCAAUCUCAAGAGAAAACCCUCUUCUUCUCUUCUCUUUAGCUGGAUUCAUCGGGAAUCGGAGUACAGUGGCAUCGUUUCCGCGUUUUCCCUCUUUUUUCAUCACAAAGAUUAGAUCUUGAGAUGGAGAAGGAGACGAAGAGCCAGAGGGCGCCAAGGGGACCUUCGGAGCCCGAUUUCCUGUUGCAGUGGGGGAAUCGGAAGCGCCUUCGCUGCGUCAAGGUUAGAGACGAGGGCUCCCUGGCCAAAUCCGGCGGCCAGAAGAGGACCACCACUCGCGUCAGCCGCCGCGUCAUCGGAGGGGAGAAAGACUUCCCGUCGCCGCCGCCCGUCCGUCACCCCACUCCUCUCCACCAGAGGAAGUCGGAAUCGGCAGGGAGCGAGAACGGGAAGUCGCGGUCGCCGUCCUCCUCGCCGGAGAAGGAGGACCGGUUCUACACGACUAGGGGCUCGGCAGCGGGGUGCGAGGAGAACGGCGGGGCUGGAGGCGAGGAGAGAAAGGCGAUGGUUUUGCCAAGGUUCUUCGUGUCCUUGUCCAACAAAGAGAAGGAGGAGGACUUCAUGGCCAUGAAGGGGUGCAAGCUUCCACAGAGACCCAAGAAGAGGUCUAAAUUGAUCCAAAAAUGCUUGCUUUUGGUCAGCCCGGGGGCAUGGCUAUCGGAUCUCUCUCAGGAGAGGUAUGAGGUCAGGGAGAAGAAGAGUUCAAGAAAGAGAAGGAGAGGAUUGAAGGCUAUGUGUAUGGAGAGUGAUUCUGAAUGAUUCAAAGAGGAUAAGGGGGGAUUGGCUGUACUAGGUUUUAAAAGAGAUUAGAAAUCUCUCAUCACGUCUAUAUUUUUUCUUUUCUCUGGCAAGUUAAAAAUUCUUAUCACGGAUAUGCUGUUCUUUUUUCUCCUCCUUCCCUGGUCUCCAUUUUUCUUAUUUUUUAGUACUCUCUCGCACGGUCACACUCAGACCUGAGGUAGUUUCUUUGUGGUCCUGAUGCCGAAUCCUAAUUUUUAAGUAGGAUGAGGUGAACACUGUACACGUGAUGUUGCAUGGAUGAUUUGGAUUAGAUUCGAGUUUUACUCUUUUUUAAAAAAAAAAAAAAAUUGUUGUGAUGAGUGUGAGGAGAGGAUUUAUAUGUUUCUCUCUUAAUUGAAAGGAAGUUUUCUCUCUCACUAGAGGGGAAAAACUAGGAUAAUUCUUGCAUGACUAUUGAGAUGUAUGUGGGGGACAUGUAUUGGAAAGCUCUAGUGAAUGGAUGCACAGCAAGCACAGGUGUUAUUCACCAUCAGCAUUUAUUUGUCUGCCACAUUUUAGCCUUCAUAGUCUAUGAGACCAUGUAGAUCAAUUGAACUCUUGCUUAAAGGUGAGAAACAAGAGGAGUGCACUGGAUUAAAGUAUAGUUGCGUUUAUCAUGGUAUCGGAUAUUACGCAACCAUGCAUCCUGGAACAUGAUUGUAGCUAACUAUGCUUAUGUUCGUGUGGAAGUGGUUGCAUCCACCAAGUUAUGGAUAUAGGGAUUCCAAUGUGCUCUGGAAUUUGAGCAGUGAUUUCAUGUGAAAAAUUGUAGAUCAAAUAAAGCUUGAUUUGUCAUUA